CGCUGGUGGAAAGAGUAAAAGAAGAAGCUGCCCUAUUACCGUGAUACAGCGACUUUACCGGAUCACAUUUUGAGCACUUUGAGUUGCCUUCAGGACAAAAUGAUUUCGACUCAUACUUUUGGAGAUCCUGGAAAGAUGAAAGAGUAUCAUUACACCGGUCCAGUAGAGCACCGGUUCUCUCCAUACGCUUUUAACGGAGGAACUGUACUCGCUGUUGCCGGAGAAGAUUUCGCCAUCGUCGCCUCAGACACCAGGCUGAGUGAAGGCUACUCCAUCCACAGCCGGGAUUCACCCAAAUGUUACAAGCUGACAGACACAACUGUCAUUGGCUGCAGCGGGUUCCACGGAGACUGCUUGACUCUUACUAAAAUCAUUGAUGCCAGGCUAAAGAUGUACAAACACUCAAACAACAAGUCAAUGACUAGUGGAGCCAUCGCAGCCAUGUUGUCCACCAUUCUGUAUGGCAGGAGAUUUUUCCCCUACUACGUUUACAACAUCAUCGGAGGACUUGAUGAGGAGGGUAAGGGAGCCGUGUACAGCUUUGACCCUGUUGGAUCCUACCAGCGAGACACGUACAAAGCUGGAGGAUCAGCAAGUGCCAUGCUCCAACCACUACUAGACAACCAGAUUGGUUUCAAGAACAUGGAGGGUGUGCAGCAUGUGCCUCUGACUAAGGACAAGGCAGUUCAGUUGGUCAAAGAUGUCUUCAUCUCUGCUGCAGAGAGAGACGUCUACACCGGAGAUGCACUUCGAGUCUGCGUCAUUACAAAGGAGGGCAUCGAUGAGCAGACAGUACCACUGAGGAAGGACUGAGGAGGGAAAUGUUCCUCUUUCUUUUCCACCCUCAUUAGUCUGUUCUACACUCACCCUAUUGUUUCUGCCCUCAAACAUCAGGUUUCUUUAAACAAGAGUGUUGAUCCAG